AUGUCUUCACAACAAAUUAAUAUUUUAUUCACAGGUGCAACUGGCUAUAUUGGAGGCUCCGUUCUGACUGGUCUUCUUCAACAUCCAAAUUCUUCAAACUUCAAAAUAACCGCUCUGAUUCGUGGUGAUGAAAGUAGAGCGAAGAAACUUGCAUCGCUCGGAGUUAUUCCUCUGAUUGGUUCAAAUGAUUCACACGAUAUCAUCGAGAAAGCAGCAAGUGAAUCACAUGUGGUAAUUCAUACAGGUGAUUCAGCUGACGAUCUUCCAUCAGCUAAAGCAAUUAUCUCUGGUUUGAACAAACGAACUCAGACAACAGGAAAGCCUGUUAUUUAUAUUCAUACUAGUGGCACUGGUGUCCUUAUUGAAGAUGUUCGUGGCAAGAAAGGAUCGAAUACAGUCUACAAUGAUCUUGAUCCUGAUCAGAUCGAUGGUUUAGCCGACACACAGAUACAUCGAAAUGUUGAUCUCUUAGUAACUAACUCAGCACAAGCCAAUCCUCUAUUGAAGAGUGUCAUCAUUCUUCCGCCUCUCAUCUAUGGCAUCGGCAGAGGACUGUUCAAUCAGACUUCCAUUCAACUUCCAAUAUUGAUUCGCGCUGCUUUGAAACGAGACAAGGCCGAAACGAUUGGAGCAGGUGAAUCGACAUGGGACAGUGUUCAUAUCGACGAUUUAGUCGAUGCUUACAUUAUUCUUUUCGAUCAACUUCUCGCUGCCUAUGGACCUAAUGCUAAAUCCGAUGCGAAGCCCAGUCCAUAUUUAACUACAGGACGUGAAGGCUACUAUUUUGCCGAAAACGGACGACAUUCGUGGCGACAAUUGGCCGAAAAAAUUGGUGAAGUUCUUCACAGGAAAGGAGCUAUCAAAUCGUCCAAAGUCACGAGCUUUCCUGAUGAUGAAAUAGAAGAUGCUCUAUGGGGUCCAGCAAGUUGGAACGCACUCGGAAGUCAAUCAAAUUCUAAGGCGGAAAGAUUGCGCAAAUUGGGAUGGAAACCACAUCGACCCAAUCUGUUCGACAGUGUUGAAGAACAAGUUGAUGUUUUGAUCAAUGAUGCGAAGAAUUAA